UUACCACCUAGGAAGGCAGUGGAGGUGUUUGGGGCAGAUCCUCAGAGUCCCACCUGAACUCCUGGGCCUGCUCAUGCAGGGACCCCUAAGCCUAGCAAGCAGCACCCAUGAUGCUAUCAACCUAUUUUGCUAAUGAACAUGGAUAUUAAGAUAGCAACUGCAAUUCUGGCUAGUGGAUCUCACCAAGCUAUUACAGGAUUCUUCUCUGAGGAUUGCUCCCUGUUUGGCAGCUCCCAUCUGGCCACCUUGGUGCCUUGCCUUCACUCGCCAUCAGCCUCAGCAUCCACUUCCAUCUUACUCUGCUUAAGUGGAGGAGUGGCCCUACAUCUUCGUUUCCUUGAUCUGAUCUUGCCUGUCACAUGCAUGGAGUAAAGCUGUAGCUGUCAUCUAGUCUGCCUUUCAACUUUUGAAAUGAAGGACCCGGAAGUUUGCAGCAGCCUUUUGGGGUUCAGGGUACUAGAGGUCUGGCACCAGCAUGAUCAUUUUUCCAGUGCCAUAUCAAGACCAUCUUCUACGCCCAGGCAUUUUACAGCAUACAAUAAGGUCAUUUAACCAGAUUUGCUGCAUUUGUAAUUUCUUCAGUGAUGAGACAUUGCUGGGAAGUAUGGAUAAAAAUAUUGCAGAGCAGCUUAAUAAAGCAUACGAAGCCUUUCGGCAGGCAUGUAUGGAUAGAGACUCUGCUGUGAAAGAAUUCAAACUAAAGACAGAGAGCUAUGAAAAGCAGAUACGUGAACAACAGAAACAAAUUGACUUUCUAAUGAGCAUUGUCGCAAAGCUCAAAACACAGUUGUCUUCUAUGAGCGCCAACAGAGUUAAUGCAUGCAGUCAGCUUCCAGUACCUGAAGAUGGUGAAGCAAGAAGAAAUGGUACCUUACCGAAUGUAGAAUGUGAUCAGCUCCACGAAAAACUGAGAUUGGCAUUGCAAAGAGAGAAGUUUUUAAAGGAACAAUUGGAAAGUGAGAGUGGAAAAUUAAAACAAACAGAAGAAGAAAGUAAUCUAAAAGAAAAGAAAUUUGAAUCUAUUAUCACAGUCAAAGAAGAUGAAAUAAGGAAUCUGAAAAAACAGCUGAAAGAAAUAAAUGAAGCAUUUGAAAAAGAGACAAGGAGUGAAAAACAUGCUUUGUCUAGGCAGGAAUUAUCUCCAGGGGCAUUUACUGCAGCUGUCUAUGAAAGGGAUGAAUUGGAGACAGUUUUCUGGGGCAUGAAGGAAGAAUUUUAUCGAAUACGCACACUAGCAAGAGCACAGACGGACCAGCUGAGUAAAUUUAAUCUACAGAGAGAACCCGUAACUGAAAUUCCAUUCUCCAAGCCUAUUCAGUGCACUGAUGAACAAGCAGAUGACCUUUGUAAUCCUUGGGUUAAAAAGGAGAUAAACAGGGAUGUUCCACACUUCCCACAAGUCACACCAAGAGGAAUGGGCCAAGAGGAGGAAGAGAACUCUGUGGAGUCCCUUUCUAAGUUUAACGUCAAAUUCCCCCCUACAGACCAUGAUGUUACCUUUUUGGAGAGUACUCCAGAUACUUCACCGAUCGUAUGCACAGCUGGGACUGGAAACUUGCUUCAGGAUCAGCAGUUUAACCAGGACCUUGGAGACCAAGCUGCAAACUUCAGUGAGAUGAAACAUAACUUGUUUGAGGAGUGUGGCACUGAUCCUAGUACAUCAGCUGUGCAUAACCUACCAAGUGCCUGCGUAAUCAAACCACCAGCCCACACAAACACGAUCCAGAGUCCUUUGGAAAAAGCUUUCUUAUAUAACCGUAUACCCAUAGUCUUCUCAAACCAAGAUGUUCUCGAAAUAAACUUUCCCCCCUUAGAAACAAAUGAGAGAACUGGAGUGCCGCAACAGCCUCUCUGGAAUUCAUUGGCACGUCCUUCAGCAGACUCGGAACUUGAUCAGCCUGAAAUAUGUGAAUUCUGUCAACAAAUGUUCCCACCAUCUCAUACGUCCAGGGAGGACUUUUUGAGACACCUGAAUUCACACUUCAACUUGAAAUCUUAGUGUCACUGGAACACAGAUAAGUUUUAUUUAAACUGAAGCCUUGUGGGUUGCUGUUCUUCGAUUUUCAGUCCCAAUACACAGAGUAAUUUCAGAAGGUAAGGCUGAUAAGAGAAUCGAUCCAAACCCUGAUGGCUUAUUGUUAAUACAAUUAAAGCAGAUUUGGAAGGUAGAGAAGGAAAUGGUGUACAAACUAUCCCAACAGCUUGUUCUUCUCAAAAUUUGGCUGGGAAAGUAGAGAAAUGAAGAUUAUGACCAUCCAGCUUGAAAACAAGAACUGCAUGAACAUUAUUUGGACAGGGAGUUUGAAACUUUGCUACUAUUGUGCCUUUGUUUUUCUAUUCAACUGCUAUUCACUGGGUUGCCUUUGAACAUUUGUCUUUUUUACCAUGAAUAUAUGUACUUGGAAGGAAGUACUACUUAUUUCAGUACUUGACUCCUAUCAUAUAGGUAUGAUAGGGACACAAGUUAAGCACUUAAUUGUGUACUUUUUCUUCCUGAGACCCAUCAUGUUGAAGUGUGCCUGCCACCUGUGCAGGCCUAUUGGCAAGGAGUAGCAACAUGCCAUUGACAUUCCAGUCUUUCCUGCUGAUAACUGGUAUACUGUUUAAUAUGACAUGGAAAUGGGACAAUUCAUUUGGUGAAUACAUUUAAACAGAACAUGUGCAUGACAUUUUUAUGGACAGAAGUACUUUACCCAUAGCCUAUGUCAUGUUUGUUGUUGUUGGGAACAGAAUAAAGAGAAAUAUAGAGCA